AUGAAUACAGUUCGAGUUGUUCUCGCUUUGGCUGCUCAUUUUGGUUGGGACUUACACCAGUUGGAUGUGAAGAAUGCCUUUCUUCAUGGAAAUCUGGAAGAGGAAGUGUACACGGAGAUUCCCCCUAGAGCAUGGUUUGGAAGAUUUACAAAAGCAAUGGUUUCCUUGGGAUACAGACAAAGCCAAGGAGAUCAUACUCUAUUCAUAAAGAACUCUUCUAUAGGUUCUAUUACUGACAGAAAAUCUACUUCUGGGUAUUGUGUGUUUCUUGGAGAUAGUCUGGUAACGUGGAAGUGCAAAAAGCAAGAUAGGGUAUCUCGUUCUAGUGCAUAA